AUGGAAGGUGCCAGCAUUCGUAAUAAGAUUGAUUUUGCACCCGGUGAAAACCACAUCGCCCUACGAUACCCUAAUAAAUGCUUUUAUGUCCCAGAAGUAUUUCACAUGGCGCCUACUGACGGUAAGGUUAUUCCUUUAUUCAUAUCAGAUAUUAAUAAAAGUAGGUCUAUCCUAGAAGUUUAUGGGUCUAAGGGGUUUGAUAAAUAUAUAAAUAAGUUCAUAAUGAUAAACAAUUAUCCGAUCAAGAAAGUUAAGAUUACAGGAAAGGUCAUAGGCGAAAAAUUCAAGGAUUAUAGCGAUUGGGGUGAACGAAAUCCAAAAAAUUAUGUUCUUGUAACUGUGGACGACUUCUCUGGUGAUAAAACCCUGAAUAUUGAAGUGAAAGUUAAAGAAGCUUUGUAUUUAUCGGCAGGGUUAAUGUUCAACACUUCAUACGGAAAGAUAGUCGAGGUGGUGGGAGUUGUGAACGAUCUUAGCAGUAAGAGAGAGUUGUUAGCUGAAUAUAUCAGUAUAAUUGGUAAUAAUGAUGAAUUGGAUCUUGAAAUUGAGUCUUGGAAAGAAAAGCUAGAAUUUAGAAAGUCCAUAUUGAGUAGUCCAUGGAUAUACGAGCCACCUAAGAUGGCAUAUACACCAAUGACAUACACAGAACCAAAAUUAUUAAGAAAGGAUUACGAUAGAAAAAAAUUCAAACAAAACCUUGGUAUUAUUGAUGUUGAUAAUGACAAUGACUUCAUCCCUAGUAUUUUUCGAGAAGACAGCAUGCUUUUAAGACAACCCCUGAGGUCUUGCCAUAAUGUCAUAGAUUUAACUGAUCCUACAGAAGAAGAUGAAAAUCCAGAAAUCAACAAAGAAUUUGAUGUAAAUAGAGAGUUCGAAGUUGAGGAGAUUGACGAAGGUGUUAUAUCUGAUUCAGAAGUUCAAAUUUUGGAAGUCAACCAAGUUCAUUCUCGGGGUAGCAAUACUGGUGUGACAUUACAAGCAAUUGAAGAAUUUCAAUUGACAUUAGAAUUUAUUGUGUGGAUGUUGAAGUAUGGUCAAUCUCCUUUCAAAUUAGCUGAUAUUUAUAACUACUCGAAAGUUAAGCAUUUAAUCGAAAACUCAGCUCAUUUGAAGUUGCUAUCUGGGCCGCUUGAUCCAAAUAGUCAACAAAAUAUCAGGGAUACCAAGCAUGAAAUAUUUCAUUCCAUACGACACCUUUUGCAUAUCAAAUAUAGAUUAAUUGACGUGUCCCGAAAUCAGGAUGUAAAUCCGCAUAACCUUUACCAAUUGACCGAUCAUUUGAGAUAUUGCUUAAACAUACUCAAAUUACAUAAAAUAAAUGAAGAUAGAACUACGGUGUUGAAUAUCGAAAGCUACUUGGGAAUUUUCAAGAUCCAUUCUAAUAAUCUUAUAGGAGAUGUACACUAUAGAUUAAUUAAUGGCAUCAUUGAUUGGAUCCUUACUAAUGAAUUUAAUGACAGGAAAGACUGGGAAUAUGACUCCAAGGUAAUAGAAUGGUCUUAUAUAGGUUAA